GCAGCUAUCAAAGAAUUUGGAAUUGAUUGUGAUGGAAAGAUAGCCCUUGAUUCGGGAUUAUCCACCGGAGACUUUACUGACUGUUUACUUCAGCAUGGAGCAUCACAUUGUUUAUGGUGUAGAUGUUGGCUAUGGACAGGUGGCUGAAAAACUCCGUACACAUGAACGUGUCUCAGUGAUCGAACGUACAAAUUUGAGAUAUCUUUCUCAAUUGCCACAACCAGUUGAUUUGGUGACACUGGACCUGUCAUUUAUCUCAAUUCUCUUGGUUAUGCCUUCUGUUAUUAAAGUAAUGGAGAUGGACUCUACAUUGAUAACACUUAUCAAGCCUCAAUUUGAAGCUCGUAGAUCACAGGUGAAGUUGAAUGGAAAGAGUGAUUCAUUAUAGAUGGAGUUCAGGCUACUUGUU